UCAUACCUACCAACAUAUGGAUUCAUAUUUUAAGAAAAAGAAAACAUUUUAUUUAUUCCAUGUGCAGUCAGUCUCAAACAAGAAGUCUUUGAUCCCCACCCAACACUCAACACCUGUUAGUUGGUUCAAAUCAAAUGGCAGAAGAAGAGGUUGUUCUUACUGAAGAAAAAGGUCAUGUGAGAUUGAUCACCUUGAACCAACCAAGAAAACUAAAUGUCAUUUCUCCCAAAGUGGUUUAUCUGUUAGCACAGAACCUGGAAAACUGGGAAAAAGAUGAAGAGGCAAAGCUAGUCAUUAUUAAGGGAGCCGGCCGUGCAUUCUCUGCCGGUGGGGAUUUAAAAGUGUUCUAUGAUGGCAGGAAUUCAAAGGAUUAUUGUCUUCAAGUGGUAUAUAGAUAUUAUUGGCUCUGCUAUCACAUCCAUACCUACAAGAAACCACAGGUUGCUCUUGUUCAUGGGAUUGCAAUGGGUGGAGGCGCAACACUUAUGGUUCCUAUGAAGUUCUCAGUCGUAACAGAAAAAACCGUUUUCGCCAUGCCAGAAGCAAGUAUCGGGUUUCACACAGAUUGUAGCUUCUCAUACAUUCUUUCUCGUCUUCCAGGCCGUUUGGGUGAAUACUUUGGCUUAACCGGGGCCCGGUUAAGUGGUGCGGAGCUAGUUGCAGCCGGUUUAGCGACCCAUUUGGUUCCUUUAGAUAAAUUGUUGGAACUAGAAAACCGUUUGGUGAGCUUGAACUCUGGCGAUGAGAGUGCAGUGAAAGCUGCUAUUGAAGAAUUCUCUUCAGAUGUUCAGAUUAGUCAAGAAAGUGUAUUACACAAACGGGAAGUAAUUGACGAGUGUUUUUCAAAGGAUUCUGUGGAAGAAAUUCUAGAAUCAUUUGAAGCUGAGUCAAGAAAGGAAGGAAAUGAAUGGAUUGUGCCCGUGCUUAAAGGCUUAAAAAGAUCGUCUCCAACCGGUUUAAAGAUAACACUUAAAUCGAUUCGUGAUGGGAGGAAGCAAACGUUAUCAGAGUGCCUGAAGAAAGAAUUUAGACUAACAAUAAAUUUACUCCGAGCCAUAAUAUCCGGUGAUGUUUUUGAGGGUAUUCGUGCUCUUACCAUAGACAAAGAUAACUCUCCAAAGUGGGAUCCUCUGACCCUUGGUGAAGUGGAUAGCAAGAAGCUGGAUCUUGUUUUUGAACCAUUUGAAGAGGCUUUGGAGCUCAAUAUUCCCGAAAAUGAAGAACAGAGGUGGACUGGAAAGUAUGAGGAUUCAGUGUAUGCUGGAAAAUAAGAUAAUUCAUGGUGGAUGUGAUGGAAGUUAAUGCUGCGCUGUGUUAUUAAAAGGUUGUGUGUUAUGUUGUUCUUAAAUAGUUCAAACUGAAUAAAAGAUGUAUUUAGUCAUAUAUUUGUAAGAGCUCUGCUGCUUCUCAGGCGCAUAGGUAACAUUAUAUAUGAGCGAAAUUGGAAUUACAUGAUCAUGUACUUUACUUCACUUAGCUAUGUACGUUUACUUCUUCAUCUCUUGUAUUACAGAAUCUUGCAUGACUAUGUAUGUACUUGAGAAUAAAUCAAUAAAUACAUGUGUGCUUUUGUUCA